AUGAGCGAGGAUUGGUAUAAGAAAGCAAUUAUCGCCAUCGAUAAUGUUAUGCAACAUCCAGCUGCUAUAUUAUUCAAUUCUCCUUAUGAAGCUGAACCUGACACUGAAUCAGACUAUUAUCAAGUGAUUAAAAAUCCACAAGAUUUUGGAUCGAUCAAGAAGCGCUUAGAAAACAAACAAUAUAAGAAAAUUGAUGAGGUAGUCACAGAUGUUGAGCUUAUUUAUAAGAAUACAAAGCAAUUCUAUGGAGAAGGUGAAAUUACUUUAUUAGCUAACCAUUGCUUCAAGCAAUUCAUGAAACAACUUAGAAAGAACGAUAUACUUCCAUUUAGUAAAUGGUGUAAUGAAGUUUUCCGCCUUAGAACAAGAUUUGCUGAAUUAAUGUCCAAUCUACCAAACAAAGUCCGCCAAUUCUCAUCAUCUAUUAAUCAGGGUAGAACAACUAAACAGACUACACCUAUAAUUAGCGAAAGCGAGUUACAAAGAUUUAUUGCAGCCGCAGAAAAGCUUCAAUCAGAGGAAGAUCAGAAAGAAAUGAUCAGAAUAUUGAAUGAAAACCAGCCAGAGCUCGAUGUUGGCUCCUCAGAGAUUCUUCUUGAAAUUACUCGCUUAAAUCAUCAAACAUUCAACGCUCUGAAGAAAUACAUGACAGAAGCUCUUGAACGCAAGGGAUUACGCUAUCCUGACUAA